AUAUGUAUUAUUCUCUUUUCAAACCUAGCAAAGCAGAGGAGGCACCAAAAAUGGGUAGCGGCAAGGAGCAGAAGCAGCACAAGAAGAAACGAUUUCCGUUACGACCCAAAAAAGUGAAGAAGAAGGAAAAGUUGAAGCAGAAGAGAAGCAGCAGCAACAGCAACAGCAACAAUGGCAAAUCUACAGAAAAUGCGAAAUCCAAAAGCAAAGUGAAAGACAAAUCGUUAAACGACGUCGUUCGUUUCCCUACAGCGGAACAACAGCUGGAGUUUUUCCAUGAAAAGUAUCAAUCGGCCAAUAGGGUUCAGCUUUCUUCCCUCGAACUCGAUUCCUUUACAGAGACAUGCAUGCUUGAGCUCAACCCUGAUCAAGCUCAAAUUAGUAAUGCAUUGGCUGACCAUAUGAAGGUUGCUUUUGGACCAUCAUGGAAAGAGACUCUAUGUGCAAAGGAGCUUGAUGAGAAAAUCGAUCCAGGGCAACCUGCACUUCUGGUUAUUAGCUUAUCUGCCUUGCGUUCGUUGGACCUUCUCAGAGAAUUGCAGCCUUUGACAAGUGAAUGCCGUGCUGCAAAGCUUUUCUCAAAGCAUAUGAAGAUUGAGGAGCAGGCGUCUUCUCUCAAGAAUCGUGUUAAUAUUGCAAGUGGGACACCAAGCAGGAUUAAGAAGUUGAUAGACGUGGAGGCACUUGGCCUGUCUCGAUUAGCUGUGAUUGUGCUGGAUAUGAAAACUGAUGCGAAGGGCUAUUCACUGUUGACUCUGCCUCAAGUCAGAGAUGAGUUCUGGGACUUGUAUAGGAACUACUUUCACCACCGAGUACUGGAAGGUGCAUUGCGGAUAUGUCUUUAUGACGAAAUACCAGCUAACAUUAAGAAAAAGAAGAGCAAUCAGGAUGAGUAACCUCUUCAAGACUGAUACGAGGAUACUGUACUAUCGUCAUCCAAUCCAUUUUGACAUUUUUGUAUCGCAAAAUUGUGGUAGAGGAUAUACAGAACUAGUAUUUAGGAAUCUCUGUAGGUUGUGUUGUUUAGCUAGGUAAAUUUGUCGGGUAAAAAAUGAUUCGAGUUCCAGUGGAUGUCUUUCGGAGAGAUUUAUGACGGGAUUUUUUUCUUUUUGUGAGCUCUUUCUGUAAAAGGAAACUAGUGUACUCACUCAAGUGAGACAAUUUUCAUGAAAUGUGAUGGUUGAGUUGAAAAACAA